AUGUGGAGCUCCGGUCUUCAAGUUUGCCCAGGUUCGGAAGCGGUAGGCUGGUCCGAGGAACACGGUGGCCACACCGGCGAUGGACAUGUUGUGGCCCCAACGCAACGAAACACCCCGGUUGCUGCCGCUCCUCCUCGUACUCCUCCUAACCCAACUCGAUCCGGACCAGCAGGCUCUGCCUCAAUGCGCCAUCCAACGCCAGCUGAAUAA